ACACAUUAGAGGAAGAGGGUAUAGUUGAGCACACAAAUGGUGGUGUGAUAAAUCUAUCGUAUCGCAAGCAAAGGGAAAGAGAGAAAGCACUUGCGUUGCUCCAAACUCAACACACAGACACAGAGAGAGAGAGAGAAUGGCCGAAUACGACGAGAGAUACGAAGGGAACGGAGAAGAAGAAGAGCUUCACAAUUCCCAUCCUCAUCCUCAUCCUCAUCCUGAUUCCUCUCCUCAACCCAAUCACGACGAUCUCAUCGAUUCCAAAUCUCACCAUGGAUCUCGCGAUUAUGACAGAGAGUCUUCUAGAAGCAGAGAUAAGGAACGGGAGAAAGGGAGAGACCGGGAGAGGAAAAGGGAAAAGGGGAGGGACAGGGAAAGGGAGAGAAGUAGGGAUAGGGAUUCAGAGAGAAGCAGGGAGAAGGAUAGAGAUAGGGAGAAAAGCAAAGACAGGGAGAGGGAGCGAGAGCGUGAUGGUGAGAAGGAAAGAGACCGUGACAGGGAUCGCCAUCAUAGAGAUCGACACAGGGAACGCAGUGAGAGAAGGGAAAGGACAAGGGAUAGAGAUGAUGAUGAUUAUUACAGAAGCCGUGACUAUGACAGACGAAGGGAUUAUGAUAGAGAGGACAGGCACAGGCGCAGGUCUCGGUCUCGGUCUGCUUCCCAGUCAGGGGGUCGAUCUGAGCAUAGAUCAAGGUCACGUUCACGCUCAAAGAGCAAAAGGACUAGUGGUUUUGAUAUGGCUCCUCCUGCCUCUGCUAUGUUGGCUGGUGCUUCUGCUGUCACAGGUCAGAUCACUGGGGCAAAUCCUGCAAUUCCUGGAAUGUUUCCAAAUAUGUUUCCAUUGGCUACAAGUCAGUUGCAGCCAUUUAGUGCUCUUCCUGUCAUGCCAGUUCAGGCUAUGACACAACAGGCUACACGACAUGCUAGGCGGGUGUAUGUUGGGGGCCUCCCUCCUACAGCUAAUGAGCAGUCGGUUGCAACUUUCUUCAGUCAAGUUAUGGCUAAGAUUGGGGGAAAUACUGCUGGCCCAGGUGAUGCAGUGGUCAAUGUUUACAUUAAUCAUGACAAGAAGUUUGCCUUUGUGGAGAUGAGGUCUGUUGAGGAAGCUAGCAAUGCUAUGGCUUUGGAUGGGAUUAUUUUUGAGGGGGCACCUGUCAAGGUCAGGAGACCUACUGAUUAUAAUCCUUCCUUAGCUGCUACCCUAGGUCCAAGCCAACCUAACCCAAACCUUAAUUUGGCUGCUGUUGGCUUAACACCUGGGUCGGCUGGUGGACUUGAUGGUCCUGAUCGGAUUUUUGUUGGUGGACUUCCUUAUUACUUUACUGAAACACAGAUCAGAGAGCUUUUAGAGACUUUUGGUCCUCUACGCGGUUUUGAUCUAGUGAAAGAUAGGGAGACGGGUAACUCAAAGGGUUAUGCAUUUUGUGUUUAUCAGGAUCUUGCAGUCACGGAUAUUGCAUGUGCUGCUCUAAAUGGGAUAAAAAUGGGAGAUAAGACUCUUACAGUUAGACGAGCUAAUCAAGGUGCAAACCCACAACAGCCUAAACCUGAGCAAGAGAGCAUUUUAAUGCACGCACAGCAACAAAUUGCACUGCAGAAACUUAUGUUGCAGCCAGCGUUAGUGGCAACGAAGGUGGUGUGUUUAACUCAUGCAGUUUCUGCUGAUGAGCUCAAAGAUGAUGAAGACUAUGAAGAGAUUCUUGACGAUAUGAGACAGGAGUGUUCCAAAUUUGGUACAUUGGUAAAUGUGGUGAUCCCUCGUCCCCCGCCUGAUGGUGAACCUGCCCCUGGAGUUGGAAAGGUGUUUUUGGAGUAUGUUGAUGUAGAUGGUGCUACUAAGGCCCGUGCUGGAUUGAAUGGACGAAAAUUUGGUGGAAAUCAAGUAAUAGCUGUUUUCUAUCCAGAGAACAAAUUUGCUCAGGGAGAUUAUGAAGGCUAAUUGUGUUAAUUUGGAUUCUAUCUUGAAUAGAGGUUUCUUAGUAAGGAUGAUCUUAUUGUAUUAUCAUAAACUUGUAAGCUAGAGUUGUGGUCAUAGUACAGAAACUGUUCUAUUUUAGAUGCUAGUAAGAAAGUCAUGAUGGAUAAUUUGUUAAAUAGUUUUACCGGUCUACAUGGAUCUCUUUGGUCCCUUCAGAAAUUAUUUAUUUGCUUGAGAGGUUUGUUUUGAAGGUGGACUUUAUUAAUCAAAAAUUUAAGCGUGUUGCUAGUGA